CAGCUGCUGGAGUGAGAAACAUGGCGGCGUCCCUGAUCUGCGGCCGGUUGUCCGCUGGACUGAGGAAUUCCGGCUCCAGGACGGCUUUAAGUUCAGCAGCUAAGGUACUCAGUGGGACAUCAGGGCUGUUUGGUAACCAUGGCCACCAGCCAUCUCCAUUGGCGACGGUGCAGCAGCAGAGGAACCUGUCGCUUCAUGAGUACCUGAGCAUCGGCUUGCUGAAGGAGGCGGGGAUCUCCGUGCCGGCGGGAACAGUGGCCAACUCGCCUGAUGAAGCCUACACAGUCGCCAAGCAGAUCGGCUCUAAGGAUCUGGUGGUGAAAGCUCAGGUGUUGGCUGGAGGACGAGGCAAAGGAACGUUUGAGGGAGGAUUGAAAGGAGGAGUCCGAAUCGUUUACUCGCCGGAGGAAGCGAGGGACAUUUCCUCACAGAUGAUCGGCAAGAAGCUGUUCACCAAGCAGACGGGCGAGGCGGGCCGAAUCUGUAACCAGGUCUUCAUCUGCGAGCGCCGUUAUCCGCGCAGAGAGUAUUACUUCGCCAUCACCAUGGAGAGAUCUUUCCAGGGUCCAGUGCUGAUCGGCAGCUCUCAAGGGGGCGUGAACAUAGAGGACGUGGCAGCUGAGAAUCCAGACGCCAUCGUGAAAGAGCCCAUCGACAUCGUAGAGGGCAUCAAGAUGGAGCAAGCCAUAAGGGUUGCUAACAAGAUGGGUUUCCCUGAGGCUUUGGUGAACGAGGCGGCCGAGAACAUGAUCAAACUCUACGACCUUUUUAUCAAAUACGAUGCUUCAAUGGUGGAGAUUAACCCUAUGGUGGAAGACUCCUCUGGCAUUGUGAUGUGCAUGGACGCCAAGAUCAACUUCGACCCCAAUUCCGCGUACAGACAACAGAAAGUGUUCGACUUGCGGGACUGGAGUCAGGAAGACAUCCGAGACAGACAGGCGGCUAAAGCUGAUCUGAACUACAUCGGCCUGGACGGCACCAUCGGCUGCUUGGUCAAUGGAGCCGGUCUCGCCAUGGCAACCAUGGACAUCAUAAAACUCCACGGUGGGACGCCUGCCAACUUCCUUGACGUCGGAGGCGGAGCCACGGCACACCAAGUGACGGAAGCCUUCAAGCUCAUCACUUCAGAUAAAAAGGUGCAGGCCAUCCUCGUGAACAUUUUCGGCGGCAUCAUGAGGUGUGACGUCAUCGCCCAGGGCAUCAUCAUGGCUGUCAGAGACUUGGAUCUGAAAAUCCCCAUCGUGGUGCGGUUACAAGGAACAAGAGUGGAUGACGCAAAGGCUCUAAUCGCUGCCAGUCCUCUGAAGAUCCUGGCCUGUGAUGACCUGGAUGAGGCGGCUAAGAUGGUCGUGAAGCUUUCUGAAAUCGUCUCAUUAGCCAAACAGGCUCAAGUGGAUGUAAAGUUCCAGCUGCCCAUCUAAACAAAAAAAAAGGGAGAGAAACCGCCAUAUCGAUGAACCACAAAACUACAAAUACUCCAUGAACUGACUUUCUUGCUGCCCAGUUCCCAUGUUCCCCAUCCACCAUGUUCUGCCUACGGAAAGCUUUCUUAAUCCACUACGUGUUCGAUGUAAAGUGUAGCCUUCUUUAGUGCUUAAACACGAGAUACGCUCCCAUCACGCAUUUCGUAGCGCUCGCCUGGGCUCCGUCAGUUAGCUCAGCUCAGCGAGCUCAGCUCAGGUCAGUGUUACUACCUGUUCUUUGCCCUCGUUCAAUUUGUUAAUGUCUUGUUUUUUUGUUUUAUGAAGAGGUGGACCUAUUUAUGUGGGACUGUAUUUAUACGGAAGUACUCUGAGACGAAGCAAGCUAGACGAAGAACAUGAAUUCCAAACUCUCACACAUCCCUAGUCUGAUAUAUAUAAAAAAGCUUGCAGCGUGGAUAUAAGAGCCUCGUUUUUUUUUGCUUCAAUCAGUGUUUUAUUUCCCCAAAGAUCCUGUGGUGACCGUUUCCCUUACAUAUGAUGAACCCCCCCAAAAAACGCACAAAGAAAAACUUUUCUGGGAAAUCUCUGUAAUUGUAUUCUGUGUUUGUUUGGCCGUGUUACGAGGAACUACUGGUAAGCAGGAGGAACUGAAUAAAGAUGGAAAAAGAAGGAGAAAAAUAAAAUUCUGAGUUUUAUGGCAAUCCUGAGGAUGAUAAAUUAAAUUCUGUUCAAAAGUUUUAAGUUGAAUGAACGCUUUUUUUUUUUA